CGCAGACUGAUGUAGUUAGUAGAGAGUUUUAAGGGGAUUAAGAUGCGUGUUCCGGUAAUUUUUGGCCUGGUGGCUUUUCUGGCCAUUUCGCUUGUGACAGCAUAUCCAUCCGCCAAGAGUACGAGAAUUCAAGACAGCUCUAAUAAUCAGACAACUAGUCGUCCAUUCCGUUGGCCAAGAUGGGGAGGAAUCGGUCCUGUCAUUUUGAACACGCCACGCACCCCCUUGGAAUGACCUGGUAGAAGCCUACCUUAAAAAAGAUUCGCAACAGUUUUAAUAAAAAGUCACAAAAAUACUUGCCUGUAAAACUUUCCACUGAGACAAUUGUUCAAACACCAAAAGCGUAAAUAAAGAUUUCUGGUAAAAUCAA